AUGACUACGACAUCUCUACCGGACAGCAAUGGAUCAUUUUUAUCAACCACUUCAGCGAAUUCACGAUCUUCGGAUGCUAUAGCUCCAAUCCCUUUUGUGAUGCAUGCUAUCAUAAGCUAUAUCAUAGCUGCUGGCGGAUUUAUCGCUAAUAGUACUAUUAUUAUAGUAAUUCUGCUAUCACGUAGCUUACGAUCCACUAAUAUGUUUAUGUUAUUUUGCAAUUUAGCAACCGCAGACUUUCUAUUAGCCGUUACCAUUCCGUUUACAGGAACAAUUAUGUUAAAUAAAGGUUAUUUUUAUUAUGGUCUCUUUUUAUGCAAAGCUAUACCUGUAAUCCAAACAACGGUUAUUAUCGUUUCUGCCUUAACGUUAGUCGUAGUUAGUAUUGAUCGUUCAUUAGCUAUCGCAAAACCGUUCUUUUUUGAACGUUGGUGUAGUACUAAAGCUAUUGGUUUAGUUAUUUCUCUAAUUUGGAUUUUCAGCUUUACCUUCGCUUCGCCUCAAAUUCAUUUUUUGACCUUAACACCCUAUCAAUAUUGCUAUAUCCGUAUGCAAGCACAGUCUUCUAUAACUUAUUUAAUUUCUGGUAUGAUAAUACAAUUUUUUAUGCCUUUGGUUUCUGGAAUCGUUUCUUAUAUUGUCAUUGGUAAAGUACUACGAAAAUUAAAUCAAUUACCUAUCCAUCUACAGCCUAAUGCACAUCAACUUUGUUACGCUAAACGUCGCGCAAAGACGGCAUUUAUUGUUCUGCUAGUUUAUAUUUUAUCUAGUAUUGGAUUUUAUACUCUACUAUUUAUGGAUGUAGCGCUUCGUACAAGAUUUAAACAAGAUCCAUCCUUGUAUUUUAUCAUGGCCAAUAUCUCAUUUGUAUUUAGAAUGAUUGCUUAUUCUUCAUCGGUGUGGAAUCCUUUUAUAUAUAUGGCAUCAAGUCCAUCUUUUCGUCAAAGCAUUAAAUCGAUAAAAUUUACUUCUACCAUUAUUCCUAUUCGCAGAACAUCAACACUAUUUAUUAUUCGUGAUAGUGGCGGCUGUAUGCGGAAAACAUCGACUAAAUAG